GCAGGCACCAACUAGCCCGAGCAGAUGCAGCCGUAGCGAAAAUGGUUGACGACUACAAAGGAGACGCGGUCGCCGGUUGUGAGGAGGGGGCUGACGACCUGCCUCCUCCUCUGCGCUUCACCUCCUUUUUUACAGUCCAUUCGCUGCUGUAGAAGCUCGUGAACGAGGCCGAGACAGCCAGCAUGAAGUCUACCGUGUUGGUCGUGGCCAGUGGCCUCUCCGGCAUGGCUCACGCCGCCGCCGUGAACACCACCACCUCCGCUGUCCCCAGCCCGACUCAGCCAUGUGCUGUUGCCAGUGCUGCAUACGCGUCUCAGAUCGCCGUAUCUCCCUUGGCCACUCCUACGAUCGCUGCGGGCAUUGCUCACGACUGCUUGCUUUCCGUGCCGCUGGGGAAAGAGGCGGCCAUCGAGCUGGUUGACUCCAUCGAGCCGUACCUGGAAUGGCAAUCAGACUCCGGCUAUUUGGCAGACCCGCCAGAGGAUUACUUUUACCCGGCUUACGACAUGUUUGCCAACUUGGCUUCCAUCCGGUCUAAGCUCGAGAGUGACAGCUAUUCGGGAGAGUACGAGUUCCAGCAAGAGCUCUACAACACUGUCUUCGGCCCGGCCCACGAUGGCCACUUUGUCUACUACCCUGACCUCUUGACUCUCGUUUUCGACUGGAACCGCCCGCUGUCGCUGGUGUCCAUCAGCGAGGACCAGUCUUCACUGCCGGAGAUCAAGAUCUACGAGGAUGUGAUCUCGUCUCCCAGCACUGCCUCAACCGUGGAAUUGAUCAAUGGGAUCGAUGCUGCCACUUACCUCGAGGACACCAUCAACCAGGCUGGUUGGAACCAGGAUGUUGACUCUGCCUACAACUCCAUGUUCUUCGAGCUCUCUGCCCCUGCUGCGGGCCUGGGCGUCGGAUACUUCAAGGGAGGUGGUCGUAUCCGUUACAUCUAUCACGGCGACACCACGAACAUCACCUUUGCCAACGGCACUGAGAUCACUCUUCAGAACUAUGCCCGUAUCAAGGUGCCCCUGACGGGUAUCACGGACGGGGAGUCUAUGUAUGAGCGGUUCUGCGACCCCAACGGCUACGACAGCGGCGCGUCUACCACCUCUGUCACCAAUGGCACAUCCGCGGCUCUGACGAGCAUCCCUGGGUACCCUACGCCUGUGAUCGUCACUCAGGACGCCGUCGUCGCUGGAUUCUACCUUGACGGCGAGGGAUACGAGGACGUCGCAGUCAUCGUCCUCCUGGCCUUUGAGAGCGAGUCCCCCGCCGAGUUCCAAGCCGUGGCCUCGCAGUUCUUUGCCGAUGCCAAGGCCGCUGGUAAGACCAAGCUGGUCAUUGACUUCCAAGGAAACGGAGGCGGAUACAUCCUGCAAGGAUACGACUUCUUCCGCCAGCUGUUCCCCAGCGUGCAGGAGGACGGGUUCUCGCGCUGGAAGGCCAGCGACUCGUUCCUGGCCAUCUCGGAUGUCAUCUCAGAUGUCGUCGGCAAGAUCGACCCCUACACAUCCGACGACCCGACCUUGGUCAGCUUCUACGAGAGCUGGUUUAAUUGGCGCUACGACCUCAACCUCACGCUGGACCCCUUCGUGAGCUUCGACGACAAGUUCGGCCCCUACGUCUACCAGGACACCGACUACACCAACAUCAUGCGGUGGAACCUCAGUGACCCUCUGACCACGACCAACCAGACGUUCGGCCUGGGCAUCGAGAUCGCAGGCUACGGCAGCCUGGCCAACCUGACUCAGCCUUUUGCGGCCGAGAACAUCAUCAUGCUGUACGACGGAGUCUGCGCCAGCACCUGCACGCUCGCGUCGGAGAUGCUCCGCAUCCAGGGCGGCGUAAAGUCUGUCGCCAUGGGUGGACGCCCGCAGGAGGGCCCCAUCCAGGGCGUCGGCGGCGUCAAGGGCGCCCAGGUCCUGGACUGGUCGUCGGUGCUGGCCUACAACCAGAUCGCGCUGGAGCUCGGCGCCAACAUCACCACCGACGAGCAGAAGGCCGCGCUGUCCCGGUACAACGACCUCGCCGUCAACCGCAGCACCGCAGGCGCCAUCAACGGCCGGGACCAGAUCCUCCGGGACAACGUCGACGAUGGCAUCCCCGCGCAGUUCAUUGCCGAGGAGGCUGACUGCAGGCUCUACUGGACGCUGCCCAUGAUCACGGACAUCACCGCGGUGUGGAAGGCCGUUGCCGACUCGGCGUGGAACGGCGCCGCGUGCGCUUAUGGAGAGCUGUCCUCCCCGGCCUCGUAUGAGGCUGCUCCGAAGAAGAGGGCCGCUGGCGACAUCGCUCAUGGCCGUGUUCCUAAGCCGAUCAUGCGUCACCCGCACGCGACCAAGAUCGGCAGGCGUGAGCUGUCCCAGCCUGAUAAUGUCAAGGCUAAGCAGAUGCUCAAGGCUAUUCCAUAGACGCGCCAUUGCCCCCAUGGAGACGUAGCUGUUUGGGCUUAUGAUAUAAUAUUAGUGUAUAUAUCUACAAUAUUGGAAACAAUUA